AUGGCUCGAGGAAAGGCUUCCCGCAACAAGUACACUGUCGGAGACUAUAUAGAGAAGAUGAAGGACCCUCGGUUCACCUUCUCUCCCAAGGGCGACUGGAACGGGGUUCACGGCGAUGGUAAAUCUCGGACCAAUGGAGCCUUCCUCACAAAGACCCAGGCUACUAGCACUGAGCCUACGGUCUACCGCGUCAAGGUCAUGAACAUGGUUAAGGACACCAUCGAGAUUGGUCCCAUCGACCUCGAGCCUAUGCCCGACAACGAGCCCCCCAAGGACGCUUACAUCGUCAAUGUCUUGCGCGAAGCUGUUGGCCUUGAACCAAUGUAG